AUGCUGAAAAUGAAGAAAAAGGAAGGAGAAGCAGACAAUGAUGGAGAGGAGGAUGAAGACAAAUCACCAAGUAAAAAGAGAAGACAACGAGGGAAAGGCAGCACUGCACGACCAUUGCCUGAUGUUCCUAGACAAAGGUCAGCACGCAUUGCUAAGAUAAGAGAGAAAGAGGAAAUGGAGAGAAGAGAGCUGGAAGCUCAACGAAUGAAACAGCUGGCAGAAGAAAAUCGGCUGAAGGAGCUCAAGAGGAAAGCCAGAGAAGAGAGACGAUCACUAAGGGAACUGAAGAAAGGAAGGCGGGAAAGGAAAGAGAAAAAGGAUAGAGAAAAAAAGAAAAAGAAAAAGAAAAAGCGGGGAAAGAAGAAAAGAGCUCAUCCAAAUGAUCCAUGGGAAAACUCCUCAACUUCAUCCAGUUCAAGUACUGAGGAAGAAGAAGAAUAUGACCUAGAAGAUGAAGAAGAUGAAAAUCUUGUGUUCAAGAGUGACCACGAGUUUUCUCCAGAAUCAGAUGUCGAAGAAGCUGAUGCUCAGCCAAUUAAAAGAGCAAGAACAGCAAAGAAAGUCACAAGUGAAAGUGAAGUUGAGGACCAACCAGAGGAGGAAGAAGAGGAAGAAGAGGAUGAGGAGGAAGACCAAACCCAAUGUACAAAAUGUGGCCAUGAUGAUCAUCCCGAGACCAUCUUACUCUGUGACAACUGUGACGCAGGCUGGCAUCUUUCCUGUCUCCGCCCACCUCUUCUUAGUGUUCCUGAAGGGGACUGGAUUUGCCCUUCUUGUGAACAUGUUCUGCUCGUCAGCAAGCUGAAAAACCUCCUAAAUGAGUUUGAUGAGUGCCAGAAACGGGCUCACAAUGAAGAAUUAAGAAGACAGAGACUUGCAUAUGUCAGUGUUUCAAUGUCUAAUGUCCUGCCUGAAGAGAAGAAGAAAAAGAAGAAGCGGGCAGAGGAUGGGGAAGAUGAUGACGAUGACGAUGAUGAGUCUGGAAGCGAAUCAGAUUCAGAUGAAUCAGACAGUGAAAGUGAUGAUGACAGUAGUUCAUCUAGUGAGAGUUCAUCAGGAUCCUCAGCACCUUUACACUCUAAGAGCUCGCAGUGCUCGAACCUUAAGGAACAGGUUGAGGACUUUGAUGAAAUGAUAAAUGAAGCCAUCAGUAAGUAA